UGAAAACAAGACAAGACCAAGGCUUUGCUCUACUGUUGGCAUUUAUGGGAUCAAGUUCUGGCAACAUGGACAGAAUAGUCUUCUGUCUGAUAGUCAUCUUCUCUGGAACAGUGGCCCACAAGUCAAACUCCCAAGGGCAAGAUCGUUUGAUGAUUAGGAUGCGUCAACUUAUAGAUAUUGUCGAUCAGCUGAAAAAUUAUGUGAAUGACUUGGACCCUGAGUUUCUGCCAGCUCCACAAGAUGUUAAGAGACACUGUGAGCAGUCAGCUUUUUCAUGUUUUCAGAAGGCCCAACUAAAGUCAGUGAAUGCAGGAGACAAUGAAAGGAUAAUCCAUAUGCGAAUUAAACAGCUGAAGAGGAAGCUACCUACCACAAAUGCAGGAGGAAAACAGAAACAUAGACCAACAUGUCCUGCAUGUGAUUCUUAUGAGAAAACACCACCCAAAGAAUUCCUAGAAAGACUGAAAUCACUUCUCCAAAAGAUGAUUCAUCAGCAUCUCUCAUAGAACCGAUGGGAUUAUGAAGUUCCUGAGAAUCUAACUUGAAGCUGGACACUAUGUUA